GGUUUUUGGUGUAUGCGUUACAUUUGCAUGUUGCUUAUUGUAUUGUGCUUGUUGUGUAUAAUUCAUCACAAUUGUUUUCGACUCUGUAGCAUUAUAACCUACUUUUAUAAAACUUUUCACCUAAUGUCCACAGUUUGGGGUGCUCUCAAAUGUUUUCAGCCUUCAGUUAUAAGGAUAGGAAGUAUAUCGACCCACAUUAGUCCUUGCGGUUUGUUAAACUGUGGAGGCCCGAUCUCGUUUUGAAUAUAUCAAAAGAAGGUGCUGAUAUUACAUUUUCUGGUAUAUAAUUUCAGUAAUUCGCUACUCAGUGCGAGAAACGAAACUCCAGAAGUAGACGAUUUGAUCUCGGUUUUCGAACUUUAUCCUAAUGCCCUUUCAAAUGAUCAAUCCUAGACAGAAGGAAAAGAUUAGAGAUAAUAAUACAAAGGUCAUCGUUCAGUAUACGAUAAGCUAAUAUUAGAUCACCCAGUAUUCUACGGUAAGAUAACGGAAAUAAGUUGAAGUGUCUCGAUGUGUCUUCAUAUGAUAGGCCAUAGUAGUACUAAGACAACCAAAAGACUUGACCAUCGCAGCCAAAUCAAGUUGAUUUUUUUAAACAUAAUAUUUUGCAGUACUGACUUUGGAAAACUGAUUUGCAAUUUUCUACGUCUUUUAACCCUAGUACAAUGUUAUUUAUUUCGUGACCAUGAGUUCAUUUAGUCCUAGGUUUUUAUAUGCCAUUAAUACACUCACAAGCGGAAAAACGCUUUCCAAAUAGUGUUUUGAACACCUUGUGUCUACAGUCCUUUCACGAUAUUGGUCCUUAAAGAUUUUAUCCUAGUUUAGCCGGAUGUCAGAAUACUUUCCGAAAUCUAUUAUUCCUUUUGCUCUGAUCAUUAGCUAUAAAAACAUGCGAAAACCGGUCAGUGUCACCAGCAUAACUAAAUUUCGUGGUAGUGCUUUACUCAAAUUUAUUUAGUUUGUUGAACUGCAUUUAAAGUUUAACAUAUUUUGCUUAGGACUCGGGAUAGUCGUAAUUGUUAGUUGACCUGAUCUAAAAUCAGCUGAAGAGGUACAUAUACGUUUUUGGCUUGAUCUAAAAGUCAAGUCUUGUUCGUUUGUGUUUCCUGUUACUCGGUCCCAUUUAUUCUGUUUGACUGAUGAUUUCCGUUAACUGUUGUGAAUCGUAGCAGUAUAGAGAUUUGGAUUAGUUUUUGCAAUGUUUGUAACUAACUGGAUGAAUAAAUGAAGGUGACGAGCUCAAACAACGGCGUACUCUUGAUCACCAGUCCUUUCCAAACACUUGGACAUAAACUAAACAGUAAAUGACGAGUAAUAAUAACAGAAGUACUUAUUCCGAAUGAAUAAGACUUAUUAUUUCUAUUGAUCAACGUCAAAUAAAACUGUUGCAUGUAAAAAAAAUACCCAUUGAUUGUCUGCUUUAUCGAUUGGGAGUGAUUUACUUAGUAGGGUCGAUCACUUCACUUAUCUUGGAAGUCUCACAAACUUCAAUGGGUCGACGACCAUUAAAUCCGUCUUUUUUUCGAAUCGUUACUAAAGCUAUAUACUUCUAUCUAAUUUAUCUCUCCUGAACAUCACUGUGGAUCAAAUGAAGCUACUUUAAACCUAAAUCAACUCACUUUGUCCACUUCGAUUAUUAUACACUUGUCUACGACUCGUCAUUUGUUUAAAAAUACUGUCAAGAUAAUAGUUAUACUGUAGCAUAAUCAGGAAUCAUCUUUUUUUUGUAGGACAGCAGUAUCACUUGUAUUGGUGUUAAAAUAAAAAAAAACCAUUUUCGCGCUCGUAAAGAAGGAUAAUAUUUAUUCUCUGAUAACCCUAAGAUAAUCUAAAUCAAUAAAUAUAAGUAUAAAUCGUCCUUGAAGGCUUACAAAACAUUUUAAGUGUAAAUGACUUAAUGUAAUUUACAAGUAAUGUCGUGUGAGUAAUUUAAUGUUACUCCUUUCUUCGUAGGUACUCUUACCUACAAUGAAGUUUUACUUAUAUUUCAGCACAUGCUUUCUCAGACGAACCAUUCCAUAUCAUACCCUGCAACUACCAAUAACUCAAUCACAAUUCUUUAUGGUAGUCAAACGGGCAAUGCUCAGUCGUUAGCUGAAUUGCUUGCUCUCCAAUCAUAUCGAAUUUUUGAUCAGGAAUGUGUCAAAUCUAAUUUAGAACGUCUCCCUACUAUUCAUCUACUAUCGAUGGAUGACUACACACCUGUAUCACGACUUGCGAAGGAAAAAGGUGUGGUGAUAUUCGUUUGUUCCACUACGGGUCAUGGUGUUCCACCAGAUAAUAUGUCACUAUUUUGGAAAAAAAUAAUGAAUCGAGCUUUGAUUCCAGGUCGUUCGCUCCCACCAGAUUUACGUUUUGCUGUCCUUGGACUUGGUGAUUCUUCUUAUCCUAUGUUCAACUUUGUCGCUAAAAAGCUUUAUCGUCGUUUGCUUCAACUUGGCGCUACUCCACUUUGCACAGAAAUUAGACGUGACCAAGAAUAUGAAGAAAGUCAAAAUUUGAGUCUUGGGUUAGCUGAUGAUCAGUCCGAGUUAGGUAUAAAUGAGGUUUUGCGCUGUUGGAUUCCAGCUCUUUGGGACAACGUUACAAAGUUCUUUGGCGUUCCGACUUCAGAACGAUUAUCACGAUUUAUUAGUUGGGACCACUUGAAAAAUCCUGAUUUUGUGUUCAGUUUAUGGCCUAAAUACGAUGUCGUUUGUUCGAGCUUAGUACUCAAUCCCAGUUUACAAUCCACAAGUGAAAGUAAUUUUCUAUAUCAGCUCGUCAAGCAAGUUGAAUUUGACAAUGCUCAUUCGUUCAUGUCUAAUCCAAUCCCAACUAAUGCUCAAUGGUUUCAGGUGGUACGUUGUAAACGUGUUACUAGUGCGGACCAUUUCCAGGAUACGCGACUGUUGGAAUUGUCUUAUAAAUCUGAUAUCGAUCUAAAAUCGGAUGAAUUUCGACUUGGUUCUGUGCUUUAUGUCCAGCCUACAAAUCGUAAAGAAGAUGUUUUAUCUUUUUUUCAAAUAACUCGAUUGAAUCCAACUGAACGUGUAAAAAUUACUCAAUGCCAUCCGAAUUUUCCUGUACCUCAUCUACUUAGUGCAUUGGAAGAAAAUGACUGUGAUGUAUCUAUUGCUUGGCUUACUACAUAUUAUUUUGAUUUGAAUGCAACUCCACAACAAUGUUUCUUUGUUAAUUACUGUGCUUUUGCUGUCAAUUGUUUGAAACUUUCAAAAAGCCUGGAUGGAGCACAACACAUAGACAAAGAUCGUUUAAAAUUAGAAGUUGAUCGGUUAACUGAUCUAGCUUCAGCUGAAAAUUCCGAUGAUAUAGAUGAUUUGUAUGAUUAUGUUUUCCGUCCUUGUCGACGUGUAGUUGAAGUACUUGCAGAUUUCCCGGUUACAUCAAGUCUCUUAACAUCACAGUAUAUAUUUGACAUACUUCCUGGGCCGAUUCUUGCACGACCCUAUUCAGUGGCGUCUCCUCCACCGAAAAUUGAGUUACUUGUUGCUGUGGUGAAUUACCGUACACGUUUAUCAACACCACGCAUUGGAACAGCUUCAAAUUACUUAGCUUCUCUUAACCCUGGAGAUUGUUUUAGUGGAUGGUUAGGUACUAUAUCUGGUGGUUUUAACUUCGAUAAACUUUUGACACUUUCACCUCCUCCUUGUCUAUUGAUUGCUACCGGCACUGGUAUUGCACCAUUCCACAGCUUUUUGUUACAUCAAUAUAAUUCUCUUAUGUCUCAUUUGAAUCAUGAUGUGCUUCCAACAAACGUUCUCUUUUUCGGUUGCCGUUACUCCACAAAAGAUUAUUACUUCGCUUCAGAUUUUAAAAUGUUAGAACAAAAGGGUUGGGUUAGGAUCAUACCAGCAUUUUCCCGCGAAAAUACAUCUACCGUGUCGCCAUCACGACGUCAGUAUGUACAAGAUCAAUUGAAAAAUUAUCCAGAAAUAGUUUGGUCUAUACUUAAAUCUCCACAAAGUCAUGUAUUUAUUGUGGGCAAUCAAAAAACAAUGCCUGAUGAAGUACGUGAAGCGUUAGUGUAUGCCAUUGUCAAUGCAAAUCAUACGGAUUCCAGUGGUGCUGAGAUAUUAUUAGAUCAAAUGGAAACAGAAAAUCGCAUACAGAUUGAAUCUUGGGCAUAAUGAUGUUGUCUUUAUUGAAAAGAGAAUGAUAGAUAUAUAUUCAAUGUAGUCUUAGUUACGCAUUUAACUUUGUUUCAUAUGAAAAUUGUACAAAGUAAACUAUAUUGCG